UCCCACACUCACACAAACCCAGCUCAAGGGCACCAUUGCCGCUCGAUUCUCGACUGCCCCGUGCUCCCCCCCCCACUCGUCGUUUGAGUUCUCACACCAUGGCCCAGAUGAUCACAUCGCUACCGGUCUCGGUCGGUCAAGCCCCCGUCGUGCCAAAGCCUGGCUCCGAUGUCAAGAGCAGUCACUCCACUGAGUGGAUCAGCCAGCUGGGCUUCCGCUCGCCAGCCGGCCAGCCUUCCUCCUCGACACCAACACCCGGCAACCUCGUCAGCUCGGCCCUCUUCAAAGACGAUACCAAGGAUCUGUCGUUGACAAAAUCCCAGCCGACGACCUCAUUUCCAUGCCUGCCUCCGCUCCCCGCCGAUGUGCCCGCAAAUCCCGCCUCGCCAUCGGCAGCGAUAAAGACCGGCAUCGACCCAGCCUCCUCCGCAAAGUACGGGCCAAAGACCUUCCAGCCCAAGGCUGCGGUCCCCAACAUCUCGACAUCGCCAGCCCUGAUCUCCCGGCCACCGGGCUCCACCAAGGUGACCCAGGUCACCGAGGUCACCCAAACCGCUGCCGCCGGCAACGGCGUCAUGUCCAACCCGCCCUCAGCAGCCCCAUCAUCAGCGACUCCCUAUGCCCUCUGCCCGACGCCCUCGGCAUCAAAAGUCGGCAACAAAAAGGUCGAUCCGCUGUCGCCCGACUUUAAGCUCGAGACCAACGCCAACGGCAAGCCCGCGCAUUCAUAUGCCACCUUGAUCACUUACGCAAUCCAGCACAGCCCAAAGAAGCAAAUGACCCUCAAUGAGAUCUACAACUGGAUCCUGGACAACUUUCCUUACUAUCGGACGGCUGGUGGAGGCUGGAAGAAUUCGAUCCGGCACAACUUGUCCCUGAACAAGUCGUUCGUUCGUGUCCCCCGGCCGAUGCGCGAACACGGCAAGGGCGCUUAUUGGGCCAUCAGCGAGCAAAAGCUCGCCGCCACCGGCAAGCAGUUGUCCCGACCAAGAGCCAUCAGCGAUCCUGCUCCCUACCGGAUGGACAGCAAGACACAGCGGCCAUACAUCCCCGGCCCAAGAAGCGCCCCGGCCCACACUUCCUACAAGAGCCCUGGCUUUCCCUCGGCCGCCCAGUACGGCUACCCGAUGGGCACCAUGCAGGCCCUCCCGAUGAACUACCCCUAUCACAGCAUGCCCUACGGCUCUGGCCUUGGCACCUCCUCCGUCAUGACCACGGAGGGAGACGUCCUUGAUCCCAACAUUAUGCCCCUCUACAGCUCGGCCAUGCCGCCCACGCUCCUCAGCUCCACGGCCUACCCCACAGCCGAGUCCAAGUUUGGCAUUCCCACGUCGCAGCCCAUCUAUCCUUACCACAGCCCGUCCCCCGACAUGUACACCACCACGGCGAACCCUGCUCUGAUGGGCGGCAGCAUAUAUCCGCCUCAGCCCUCGCAGCUGUACGGUCUGGACUCGGCCGAUGUUGCUGCCAUGGAUCCGUAUGCAAGCAGCCUGCCCCAGCCCCCACCGGACCCAAACGCCAUCUUCAGCUACGGCCCAACCACCAUGGCUCCCUCGAUGUCGGCUGGCCCUUACCCCACCGCUGCCUCUAGCCUCCAUCCAAGCUACUUCCAGCCCAUGGGCGUCACCGCUACCGCCCCACGAUCGGCUCACAAGCAGGGCAUGAUGAGAAACGUCCCCGAGCCCUCGCCUCCUCAGAGCUCCACCACGCUGGCAUCCAAUUCGAUACCGACCCAGUCGUUUGCUCAGCCCAGGAUGUCGCAGUCGGCUAGUGGCCAGUUCUAUCUCAGCGAGCAGCCCGGGAUGGGCCUGGGACCGAUGGAAAAGUACGGCGCCGCCUCCGUCAGCGACUUUUCACCCUGGCCCGCAACCAUCCCCGAGGGAUAUGGCUCUGUGGCUCAGGAUCAGUUCAAGGCCGAUGUCGACGAAGGCGACGCCCUAGAUCACGUUGUCGAUUGGUCCUCGAUGAUGGAGUGAGGCUGUGUCGCGCUGGAUGGCUGUAGCCGUGUGCUGCCCAUGAAGUCCGCCAUCGCUCACCUCCUGCCUGCUUCGAUCUGUCUGCCUCUCGACUCGUCUCGAUCUAUGAUGCCCGGGUCUGCUCCUCUUCUGCUGCAGCCGUCUCAGCUCGGGCGCACCUCCCACCACCACCACCACCGCCGCUGCCAUCGCCGCCAUCGCUUGUGUCUCUACUUCUAGCUACUCUUUCUCUCUCCUUGGUGUGUUUUUUCUUGUCUUGCCCCCUCGAUGUGUCUUUGAUGAAGUGAUGCCAUACCGCCGUUUCCUUCUUGCUACCCACCCCCCAUCCCUCUCUUUCAUUGUAUAUAGUGCACUUU